AUUUUCUUUUUUUUUCUUUCUCUUUUCACUGUGUCUGAACAUUGAACGAAACAACACGCGCUUAGUUCUCUUUCUUUCUCUAGCACUUUACUAUCUCCUCGUCGUAGUAGCUUCGAGAUCGGAAAAUGGCCAAACCGAGUGCCGACGAUGGCGAGCUCCGGCGGGCAUGCACGGCGGCGAUUGAGGAUCCCCACCAGAAGAUCGUGAUGGCGAUCAGAGUAGCGAAAUCCCACGGGAUCUUGGGAAAAUCUUCCAAGCUUGGCCGCCAGAUGGCGAAGCCAAGGGUUCUUGCUCUCUCCAUGCAAUCAAAAGGUCAGAGGACAACAGCAUUUCUUCAUGUUUUGAAGUAUUCUACGGGAGGAGUUCUUGAGCCUGCUAAGCUAUACAAGCUGAAGUACCUCUCAAAAGUGGAAGUUUUGACAAAUGACCCCAGUGGAUGUACAUUUACGCUGGGAUUUGAUAACCUCAGAAGCCAGAGCGUGGCUCCUCCUCAGUGGACAAUGCGCAAUAUUGAUGACAGGAAUCGCCUCCUUCUUCGCAUCCUGAACACAUGCAAAGAUGUUUUGGGUCGCCUUCCUAAGGUUGUUGGUAUAGAUGUUGUUGAGAUGGCUCUUUGGGCUAAGGAAAAUACACCCACGGCUCCUGCUCAGAGUAAAGUUCGAGAUGGUGUUCCUGUUGCUUCUGCUGUUUCUGAGACGGAAUUGAAAGUCAAUGUCGAAAAGGAACUUGUCUCCCAGGCAGAGGAAGAGGACAUGGAGGCUCUUUUGGGAACUUAUGUCAUAGGUGUUGGUGAAGCUGAGGCAUUUUCUGAAAGGUUGAAGAGAGAGCUUCAAGCUCUAGAAGCAGCAAACGUGCAUGCCAUUUUAGAAAGUGAACCUUUGAUGGAUGGGGUGAUGCAAGGACUUGAGUCAGCAACAAAUUGUGUGGAUGACAUGGAUGAAUGGUUAAACAUAUUUAACGUGAAACUCCGGCACAUGAGAGAGGACAUUGAAUCAAUAGAAUCCCGCAAUAACAAAUUGGUAAUGCAAUCGGUGAACAACAAAUCUCUUAUUGAGGAGCUCGAUAAGCUUCUUGAAGGAUUGAAUGUCCCUCCAGAGUAUGCAUCAAGUUUGACAGGAGGUUCAUUUGAUGAAGCUAGAAUGCUUCAGAAUGUAGAAGCAUGUGAAUGGUUGACUGGUGCCUUACGUGGUCUUGAAGCGCCUAAUCUAGACCCUGCAUAUGCAAAUAUGAGAGCUGUUAAAGAGAAGCGUGCAGAACUUGAAAAAUUAAAAACUACUUUUGUUAGGAGAGCAUCAGAAUUCUUGAGGAAUUACUUUGCUAGUUUGGUGGAUUUCAUGAUAAGUGAUAAAAGCUACUUCUCUCAGCGAGGACAGUUGAAGAGGCCUGAUCAUGCGGAUUUGCGGUACAAAUGCAGGACAUAUGCACGUCUCUUGCAACACUUGAAGAGUCUUGACAAGAAUUGCUUGGGUCCAUUGAGAAAAGCUUAUUGCAGUUCUCUAAAUUUGCUUCUUCGCCGAGAGGCUCGUGAAUUUGCAAAUGAACUUCGUGCUAGUACCAAAGCAUCUAGGAACCCCACGGUUUGGCUUGAAGGUUCUACAGGUUCUGGUCAGAAUGUCAAUGCCACUGACACUUCAACAGUCUCUGAUGCUUACGCAAAGAUGCUAACAAUUUUUAUCCCACUUCUGGUGGAUGAGAGUUCAUUUUUUGCACACUUCAUGUGCUUUGAAGUUCCUACGCUUGUUCCUCCAGGAGGUGUUGUUAAUGGUAAUAAACCUGAAUAUGAUGACGAUGAUGAUUUGGGAAUUAUGGACAUUGAUGACAAUGACAGUAAAUCUGGUAAAAAUUCUGCCGAGCUUGCAGCUUUAAACGAAUCACUUCAGGAUUUGCUUGAUGGAAUUCAAGAAGACUUCUACGCGGUUGUAGAUUGGGCAUACAAGAUUGAUCCCUUGCGCUGCAUAUCAAUGCAUGGAAUAACGGAACGAUAUCUUUCCAGUCAGAAAGCCGAUGCAGCAGGAUUUGUACGCCUUUUGCUUGGUGACCUAGAGGCUCGUAUAUCUAUGCAGUUUGGCCGUUUUGUUGAUGAAGCUUGCCAUCAAAUUGAAAGGAAUGAACGCAAUGUUCGCCAAGUUGGUGUCCUAUCCUACAUUCCCAGAUUUGCAACCCUGGCAACUCGGAUGGAGCAGUAUAUUCAGGGACAGUCUAGGGAUUUGGUAGACCAGGCAUACACAAAAUUUGUUAGCAUAAUGUUUGCGACUUUGGAAAAAAUAGCACAAACAGAUCCAAAGUAUGCUGAUAUUUUUCUCUUAGAGAACUAUGCCGCCUUUCAAAAUAGUUUGUAUGACCUUGCCAACAUUGUGCCUACUUUGGCUAAGUUUUAUCACCAGGCUAGUGAAGCCUAUGAGCAAGCUUGUACGCGCCAUAUUAGCAUGAUAAUCUAUUAUCAAUUCGAGCGCCUUUUUCAAUUUCAUCGGAGGAUUGAGGACUUGAUGUUCACAGUUGCACCUGAGGAGAUUCCUUUCCAACUCGGGCUAUCAAAGAUGGAUCUUCGAAAGAUGCUAAAAUCCAGUUUAUCGGGGGUUGACAAGUCCAUUGCUGCAAUGUACAAGAAAUUGCAGAAGAACUUGACUUCAGAAGAACUAUUACCCUCCUUAUGGGAUAAAUGCAAGAAGGAAUUUGUUGACAAGUACGAAAGUUUUGCACAACUUGUGGCUAAGAUUUACCCUAAUGAGAAUAUCCCUUCGGUAACAGAGAUGAGAGAACUUUUAGCCUCCAUGUAAAGGUGUGUGUAUGUAUAUAUAACGCUAUGUUGCCAUCUUAUGUUGA